AUGGAAGGGAAUACAGACGAGGGGGGAUUAACAGGCAACGCAAAACGUCCGAAGUACCGCAACGCGAACUGCGCUACAGACAGACACAGAACGACACAGGUCAACAAGGAUUCACAUGAGGAGUGGGGUGACCUGGCACACAUGUUGGUUAGGAAGAUAUCAGACACGUGGCUCGUGACCAAAUUCAAACAACUGGUUGAACCAGCAGACGAAAAUUCAGCAUUGUCUUUGAAAACGUUGGUGGAAGCUCGUCUGGCCCAACGAUCGGACGGCGUUUCAAGACAGGACGUCAUAAGUGUUGCAUAA